AUACUAUCCCUUUUUUUUAGUUGCAGUCAUCUUCCUCGCGUACUUGUUCGGGUUUUUAGCAGUUCGUUCCAACUCUCGUGAUCAACUCGAGCAACAAAGUCCUAUCGAAUCAAGUCAAGGACUGGGUUUUGUUUCUGACCUUUUCGUUCCUCCAGUCCGUUGAACAAAAACAAGCCUCCAGAUUUGGCUUCUGCCUGAUUUGGUUUCUCCAAGCGAGCAUUGGACGAAGUCUACAAUGGGGAAAGGAGCAAAUCCAGAUCUUUUUGUCAACGAUGGCUCCUUCAUGGAAAAAUUUAAACAGCUACAGCAAGAUAACCAUGAGAAGGAGUUUUCUGAAGAGUCCAAAUCUGGCACGACCACCAACUCGACCCUCUCCAUAAAGCCUAUCGCUAUUCCGAACAAGAGACCGCUGGAAAUUAAAUCUACUGAUAUAAAGAAGCCCAGUCCUUCUGGAUCCAGUGGGAAGUUAGCUUUCAGUUUGAAGCAGAAAUCUAAGAUUGUGUCUGCUCCUGUUAAACUAGCCGAAGAUGAAGAAGAUGACCGAGGGGAGUCAGAGGCUGGAAUUUCUGAGCCUGCAAAGAGGCAUAAACCGGGGCUGUUGAAUGCUUCCAAGUCAAAACCAGAGAAUGGGGAUGCACCAGUUCCUCCUAGUGAUCCUACAGUGAAGAAUGCCGCGGACAAAUUAGCUUGCUUUGUUGCCAAAAAUGGAAGGUACUUUGAGGAUGUUACACGGCAGAAGAAUCCUGGAGAUACCCCGUUUAAGUUUCUAUUUGACACAAGCUGUUCAGACUACAAAUACUAUGAGUUUCAGCUUCUUGAAGAGGAAAAGAUCCAAGGAAAGUCAAAUGAUUCUCAAACAUCACAUCAUGAAAGCAGUGGUGUUGCUGCAAGUUCUAAAACACCAAAUACUUCUCAGAGGACUCCUAUACAGAAAAAUUCGAAUUUCCAGACUCCAGCAUCAGCUUUAUAUGGUGUUGAUGAGGACACAAAAACUUAUGCUGCAUCCAUGGGGAAAACCUCCUCACAUGGUGAAUCUAGCGGGCCUCCAUCGUCAGAUCCCAUUGCAGUGAUGGAGUACUACAUGAAAAAAGCUGCUCAGGAAGAGCGGAAGAGGCAACCACGAUAUUCAAAAGAUGAAAUGCCACCACCUGCAUCUCUUCAAGCUUCUUCCAGAAAGGGGCAUCAUAUGGGUGACUUCAUCCCACAAGAAGAAUUGGAGAAGUUCUUUGCUAGUUGCAAUGAUGCUGUUGCCCAGAAAACUUCUCUAGAAACUGCAGCGAGGUCCAGAAUCCAAUCCGACAAUGUUGGGCAUAAACUUUUAUCUAAAAUGGGAUGGAAGGAAGGCGAGGGACUUGGCAGUGCUAAGGCAGGUCGUGCAGAUCCUGUUAUGGCUGGGAAUGUAAAACUGAAUAAUCUGGGGGUCGGUGCUGAGAACCCAGGCGAGGUUACACCUGAGGAUGACAUCUAUGAACAGUAUAAGAAAAGGAUGAUGCUUGGUUAUAAAUACAGGCCAAAUCCUCUGAACAAUCCUCGGAAGUCAUAUUACUAAGUGGAAAUGGUGUUCCUCAGCAGAACUCUUUCGAUCCGGCUGUCUCGAGCAGAUGAAGUGCUUCUGCACUGAAGCUUUAUUUCGUACUGAUUAUUUGACCUGCAUCUCUUAUAAGAAUCUUAGCAAUCUUUAUUUGUUUUAGGGGGAAAAAAUCUUGCGUAUUCGGAAAGCUAAUCAAAGGUCUUAAUUCUUCCGAAUCA